UUACGAUCUCGUAGCCGGAAUUCAAAACACUUUUCUUAAAGACAGAAUUAACUCGUCUGCGAUGUUAGUGUUUGCAUUUUGCCUGUUAUCAUGUGUUUAUGGAUUACAGAAUGGACAAAACACCAUACCGGCAGUUUUGAAUUCCGUCGGCGUUGGUUAUAAUAUUUUACGCGGGAAUCCCGACGGUACAGACUGGCGAAAUGGUGGAGAAGACCCAGGACUCCUGGUCACCAGACGAAUAUUAAAAUUAGAGUCCGAACCAGGAUCUGUUCCAAACCAGCUAGUAUAUGUACGUCACGAUUCCUGCCAGUCGUCUGCAACUGAUAGACUUAUUUACAGCCCAAAGACGUACCAGGACCAUCUCGGACACAGAGUCUCUUUCGCCGGGACUUUAUUUCCAGACUUACAAGCUUCGGCCUUUACACUGAGUACAGGUUACCUCUCGGUGAAGAAAGAGACGGACACAUUACACUACGUGUUACAGGAUCGCACGAGCACAUGUAUUAACGGCACGGCACGUUACACGUUGAAUCUUGUCUCUGCUAACUUUUACCACCUUACAGAUGAGUUUAUGUCUGACGUCUGCUCCUUGCCGGAAGUGUUUGAUACAGACAGUUACAUGCACUUCCUCGACCGAUGGGGAACGCACGUGGUGACAGGAAUGAAAAUUGGUUCACGGCAGACGACAAUGACCAUUGGAACACGUCGAGAUUACAUAGAAACCGUCCGCAAAAAGUCGGAAGCUGACGUUACCAUUGGCGGACCAUUGUACAACAGGGACUCUUCGUGGGUGGUCGAUCUCCAGACGUUUAAGCUACGCCCAUCAUUCCCAGUUAUUGUCGGAAACUCCACCUACAAACUGGAAACCGGAAGUAAAGAUUCUCCAGAACCAGUAGGUCUCAACCUGACAUCUAUAGAUAUGACUUUGACAAACGAUUUUUGGAAUGACGAGCAAUACUCAAUUGGGCUGUGCCCGAACAAUAUUACUCGUACCAUAGCGAUACGGAGACAGAAUCUUAUCAAAGCUCUCCAGCAAUAUGCAUCACAGAAAGGAGCCAACAUACCACCAGAUUCAAAGCUUGCUAUGCCUAUUGUGUGGCCUAGCGGAAUGGCGGGACUACCUAAACCCAAAGACGGUUGUCCGGAACCUACAGCAAAGUGGGUAGAAGGCUGGCUGAGACACGAUACGGAAACGCAGAGUCCUAGCAACUCUUGGAACGCAACCCAUCUUGACGCAACACUGACAGUAAGCAGACAUCUUUUGAGGUUUUGUAUAAAACCUUACACAGUUGAUGAAUUUUCAACCAAUUGGCCAGCUGGUGACUAUUGUAUAUUCAUGUACAAGCAUUGCCCACUUGGUUUCUCAGAGGGUUUUGUGCAAUGGGACGACGAAGACACAAACAACGAAAACGCUCACGGUGGUUAUCUUCCUGAUGGGUCGUAUGGGAGUGAUAUACGAAUGAAAUACUGUUGCAGGUCUGAUGGCGAAGCAUUGCACGAAGUCGUUUUACCAACGGAGAAACCUUUCUACUUGUUUCAGUACAAAAAUGGAUGCCAGGCUGUACGCGGAAUGACAACUAGUGAAGAAUACAUCCUUUGGGAUGAUGAAGAUUCCAAGACCAGAACAUCGGCAGCAAUCGGAGCUGUACACCCUGGAAUGAACUUCUGCAAUGACAGCCCUUGUGGUUUUACAGGCUCAUAUAUUUACUAUUGCUACUACAAGAGAAAUAAUCAAGUACCCAAUAUUAUUGGAUAAAUCUGUGGAUACUUUGACACCUGAUAAAAUAUGCAAAGUUUUUUUCAUUACAUGCAUUUCCAACUGAUAAAAUGAACAUCUGGACUUCUCUUUGUAUCCGCUUAUAAAAUGACAAAAUAAAGCACUAGUGUCAUACAGUUAUGUUUCAUAUAAUGUAUGUCAAUUACAAAUACAAAACACAAAGUG